CCGAACCUGAAAGCUUCCCGUCUCUAUCGUGUUCUCGUCUCUCUCCCCUUGCUUAUUCAUCUCGCGCCGCGCGCCCUCUAAUCUGUUCCUCCACAGUGCUUCUUUUUGUUAUUGAUUCAACUUCGUAUUUCGAUUUUUUGUCGAUUCGGUUGAGUUCGUGUUCAAUUGCUUGGAGUAGAAAGGGGAGGGAGACAGAGACAGCGACAGAGGCAUGGAGACUUACUUUAAUCACAAUCUGUUCGAGAGGCGUCCCAUUGUGAAGAACAAGACUCCUGCUGCUAAAUGGAUCAAAGAAUGGGUCCCCCAAGAUGUUGUUGCAACUGGAGGAAAGUGCUUUCUUUUGAAAUGGGUCACAGAGGAUACCUUGAAGGCAUUAAAGGAGAAGACAAAACAGUCGGAGGCACCAGAACCUGAACCAGAACCCACAACUGAAGUGCUUUUCCUUUGUAGCUAUGAGGGCUGUGGAAAAACAUUUAUUGAUGCAGGUGCUUUGAGGAAGCAUUCUCACAUUCAUGGGGAGAGGCAAUAUGUUUGUCACUACGAAGGUUGUGGAAAGAAAUUUUUGGAUAGUUCGAAGUUGAAAAGACACUUUCUUAUUCAUACUGGUGAAAGAGAUUUUGUGUGUCCUCAUGAAGGCUGUGGUAAGGCAUUUUCGCUGGAUUUCAACUUGAGAUCGCAUAUGAAAACGCAUUCACAAGAAAACUAUCAUAUCUGUCCAUACCCUGAUUGUGGAAAGAGAUUUGCUCACGAGUACAAAUUGAAAAACCACAUUACAUCUCACCAUGAAAAGAACAUGACAGCUGAAGUGGUCAAAUAUACACCACCUACUGAGAAGCAAACUAAAGUUUCUAAACCAUCUGGAGGAGCUUAUGCUUCUGCAUCAUCAGAUCGCCCAUAUGCUUGCCCCUAUGAAGGGUGUGAAAAGGCUUACAUCCAUGAAUACAAACUUAAACUCCAUUUAAGAAGAGAGCAUCCUGGACAUCUGGUAGAAGACAAUGGCAAUGCUCAUCAUAAUGGGGAAAAUGAGAUAGAAGGCAGUGAUCAAGACGGGUACGGCGGAAAACGGGUAAAUACGAAAAACCAGAAACAGAACAAGCCUAAACCAAAGUUGAAGUUACCACCUUCCAAAAUAUCACAGCGAAAAGGCACAACUCCAUCUCCUGCCCCAAUGAGUAGUGUAAAAAAAUCAUGGCCUGCUAAAGAAGAAACCUACGAGGAGGAAGAAGAUAGCGAAGAGACGGAGGAGGACCGUGAGAACAUGGAGGAGGGUUGGCAAUAUGCCGAAAACGAAGACGAUGAUGAGGAAACAGAGUAUGAAGAUUAAAUCUUUAGAAAUGGGCGGCUUGUAUGUAACUUGUUGUCUUCUCUUUUUAGCUCACAUAUAUGAUAGUAGGGAGUGAUAAAACAUUAGAUCAAUUUCUGAUGGAAAUUAUAGUUUUUCUUACCUUUGUAUUUGUCUUUGUAUUUGUGGAAUGAAGCAUAUCUAUGUCUCUUCAAUGAGCAUUCGCCAAUAUGACCUCGGCCUUUAGCACUA